CCCGCUUCUCCUAAUCACAACCACUGAACUCCAUUGCUUUCCACCCCUCAACACCACUGCACCGAUACACGACACCCGUCUCACUGACUCGGGCAAAGUGCUGGUUUGAGUUGGCUUCUUUUGUUUUGGCCUUCCUAUAGCUCUCCCCCGAGUUUGCCUGCAACCUGGCCACCGGAUAUCCGCACGAGCCAGAUUCGAGCCAAGAAGAAAGGGAUACAUCCAAAGCGACGUCGGCGCCUUCGUUUCCUUCCACUUGUAUUCCCAAGGUGUUCUCCGGAUCACAGAACUUCCACAAUCAUACGGAUUAUAGCAGCCUGGGAAUCCCCUCGGGUUGACGCAUAUUCCGUGUGAAGUGCCUCGGCGGCUGGCGCUCCUUCGAAAGUUGAUAGCAUCUUGUCUUGGGUACUAUGUAAUAUCCUGAAGAGCACACGAGCAAGUCACAAGAAUGUCCUCCGCCGAUACGGUGUCGGUGUCGCCCGCAUAUCGAAGCGAACGGAGAAUCCAUCCACUGCCCAAGAGAUCACUCAGAGACCGUUUAACCCCCGAAGCCGCGGAGUCGAUUCAAUACCCCCCAGCUCCUUCGAUCUCUACGUCCUUGUUCCCGAGUCUGUAUAGUAUCCGAGAUGACGAACCAGACCAGACUUCGACUCCCCCUCGCGAGCGACUCACCGAGGCUGCCCCGCGCCAGUCAAGAAGAGAUGGUCCACUAGCAGAAAGUGGGGGAUAUACUGCUGCGUCGAGACAAGGCAUACCGGAGCGCGGACACAGCUUGCUCGAUGACGGGAUCUCUGAUCCAUCGAACCGCAAGGGUCAUCAGUCACCGAGGACUGAAAAUGAAGAGAGAUCGGUCAAUUCGCAAGCUACUGUCUCCGCGGCAUCAGCAAUCGAUGGCUAUGACUCCUUCGAAAACACAAACAAUAAGAAAAAGAGGAAAAUCCCUACGGCGGGUGAUGCAGCUCUUGGCGGGGUUCAUGUUGGCAUAGAUGCUGGCUUCGGAACCACAUCUGUUCAGGCGUCUGAAGGUCAUGGGGAAGCCACGUCUUCGAGCUCGGCGUCUCAGUAUGGUUCCGGGGGUUAUAUGCCAGGCUUGCAGAACGUGCCUGGUCCUGGAAGAGGUAGAUAUGGCAGACCGCGCAACGGCAGAAGCCCGCUCAGGCCCUUGUCGGACUCGAACACCAACUGGCCCGGAAGAGGCGGGAAGCUGCGCUCUGUUCCAUGGUCAACCAGUUCAGCCGAGAACCAGGGGAUCAUCUCCAGCGCCAUAGCGAAAGCAGAGAAGCUAAACCCACCACAUGCGGGGUCUGAAAGUACAAGUCUCUUGCAGAAUUCAUUGUCACCGAAACGCCCUGCAUCAGCACAGUUCACGUUUACCGCUCCUGGUCCUAAUGCACUCUCUUGGCCUGGCUCUGAUCGACGAAUCAACAUGCCAACCCCGUCAGCGGCUCGACAAGGGCAGGAAAAUUGGCAGCGUGCUGCUCCGGGUGGUCAGGCAGCUAAUGCCCACCCUCUUUCAUCGGGAACAGGCACCGCAGCGAAGGAUGCACAAGGCAAAAGUGGCGCUGGAGGCCAAGGGCAGCAAGGCCCGGCACCUAAAACCACCAGGAGGAGUGCUGCUAAAGAGUAUGCCGCCGCGGCCAGACAACGGCGCCGGGAGACGCAAUUACGGAAUAAGCGUCACCCUCCUAAGCCUGAAGAUAUUUGGAUUUGCCACUUUUGUGAGUACGAGUCGAUCUUCGGGCACCCUCCCGAAGCUUUGGUCCGUCAAUAUGAGAUCAAGGCCCGCAAGCAACGCCAGUUGGAACAACAGCGGAAGGCUCAGUGGGAAAGGCUCAAGAAGGGCAAGCACAAGGGGAAGAAAAACAGCAAAUUGCCUACCAAGGGUCACGAUGGUGUUCAGGAUGCCCAUCAACCUUCGGGCGGCCAUGGUGGUCCGAUGAACUGCGAUUAUAGUCAAGGCACUCAGAGCGAGGAGUACUUUGACGACGAUGAUUACGAGGAAGACGACUACGACCCGGACGAAGAUCUGCCGCCAGAGAACGGGCUGGAAGCCGAACGACAUGAACGUGUUCCAGAUCACGUUGCCCGCGUCUCGACGGUACCUGAUGGGGGCGGGACGUAGCCCAGGCUAUUGUGGCCAUGCCACCUCCCUGCCCCCUAUUCUUUGUAACAUUAGUCUGCAGCAAUAUUAGCGUGAUUUUAUACCCUGUUCUGGAUUUUAUGACGGUGAUGGAGAGGAGGGCGCAGAUGUCGGGGUGGUCACAGCGACUAGAGAGGAUCGAUCAGAGGAUCGACUCUUGCCGCUUUGGCGUCAGGAGCCAGUGCUCCGGUGACGUGGCGAGGGGUUUGACGAAGAGUACGGGCGAUACGGCUCAGCGAGAACAGGAGAAACUGAACUGUUAAACAACAGCAGCUUAAGGCUCGCAGUUACUUAUACAACCAAGCGCACACCGCUUACUCGGUCGGCUCACGCAAUAUCGAAAUACGACCGAACAGCCACGAUGAACAAACUUAACAAACGCGGUUUCCUGGUAUACAGCUUACUAUGCACACGCUAGGUGAGGGUCAAGACGGAAAGAGAGGAACGCAUGAGUUUAGGUGUAUUUUUGGGGGCUCGGUGGGAGCCUGGGUGAUGGGGUGCUCGUUGACGGCAACACAAAUGAGCUUUGUUAGAUGUAGAAGGAGAGGACGAUAAUGGCCAUAAGCAACAACAACGUACUACCUAGGCUAUCGCAAAUGCAUAGGGAUAGAGGGAGGUCUCGAACAGAAAGAUGACAUACACCUAUUGUCGGAAGAAGGAAAACCACGAUUAUAGAUAGCUUGAAUACAAUGUUGUGUCUUGGUG